UCUGAAGCCGUUGUCUGUCCACACAGUGAUUCAUGUCCCUGCAGAGACAGCAGUGUGCAUGGGGAUUGAUGUGAAAUGGAAGUGAGCGAGAGGCUCAAGACGGUCGCAAGCACACACGAGAGCGUCGCGCGCUUCGGACGCGACACCAAGCGAGUCGUUCGUCGCGUUUUUUAUGUCGUCGCGACGGCUUCCUGCAGCAUCCGCACAUCCCCGGCACACUGCCUCACAGCCGGCGCGUUAGAAGGAUAAGAGACUUCAAUACAGAGUCGUGGGAAUAGAACCCAGGCAGAAAAGAGACCGGGAGGGAUUUUGCGCAGUCCUCCAUACGGAGGGAACAGGAGAAAGAUGAGUGAGCAGAGUAUUUGUCAAGCCCGUGCCUCUGUGAUGGUCUACGAUGACACCAGCAAGAAGUGGGUGCCCAUCAAACCAGGCCAACAAGGCUUCAGUCGCAUCAACAUCUACCACAACACUGCCAACAACACCUUCCGUGUGGUGGGAGUUAAACUGCAAGAUCAGCAGGUUGUCAUUAACUACUCUAUUGUAAAGGGGCUGAAGUAUAAUCAGGCCACUCCUACAUUUCACCAAUGGCGUGAUGCCAGGCAGGUGUAUGGACUCAACUUUGCCAGUAAGGAGGAGGCCACCACCUUCUCCAACGCCAUGCUGUUUGCCCUCAAUGUGCUCAGCAGCACCCAGGAUGGAGGUCCAGCAGUUCAGCGCCAGGUACAGAACGGCCCCACAGCAGAAGAACUGGAGGUGCAGAGAAGGCAGAUGGAGAUGCAGCAGCAGCAGCAGCAAAUGCAGGCACAUAUUGAGAGAGAGCGACGCUCAUCCAACUCAGGCUCCCCGUUUCAGGGACAUCCCGCAGUGCUCUCAGUGGCACCUCCAAGUAUAGUGCCACCCGUCAUGUCAAUUGGAGGCCCUUGUCCGCCUCCACCUCCUCCUCCUGCGCCUCCUGGGCCUCCACCUCCAAUGGCAGGAGCCCCGCCUCCUCCUCCACCUCCCUUGCCUCUGGGUGGAGGUGGGUAUGGAGGUCAUCAUCAUCAUCAUCACCACGAGGAUGCACACGCACCCACCGGCCUCGCCGCCAUGAUCGCUGGGGCCAAACUGCGCCGAGUGCAGAGGCCUGACGAGAGUUCAGGAGCCAAAAACGAUGCCAAUCGGACGAGCGGAGGGAGUGGGGGCCUGAUGGAGGAGAUGAAUGCCCUGCUGGCACGAAGACGGAAAGCGGCAAGCCAGUCAGAGAAAGAUGGAGACUGCCAAAACGAUGAUGCAAAUUCCUCUCCGAUGUCUAGAGGACAGAAUGCAGAUGGUGCAAAGAAGCCGUGGGAUCGAGCCAACUCUGCAGAGAGAUCAUCACUGGUAUCAAAAGUUCGACCCGUGGGCAGUAGCACUGACACAGACGCCUUAGACUUGGACAGAAUGAAACAAGAAAUCCUGGAAGAAGUCGUUCGUGAAUUGCACAAGGUGAAAGAUGAAAUCAUUGAUGCCAUUCGACAUGAACUUAGUAGAAUUAGCACGACAUAAUCUCCCAGCCUCAUGUGACCCCUCUUUCAUGAGCCCUGACCCCUGGCAAGAACUGCUGUAGCUGAAGAGGGGAUGACACCCAGCAACGUUACCACCAUGUUAAAGCAAAUGGAUCAGUUUGCUCUAAUAUGGAGUCUACAUUGUGGUCCCCCUCAGAUAUAAAAACGGAUGGAAGACACUUGCACUGACUUCUGUUUUCUGGUUUAAAUUUAUAUUUAGCAGUGACAUUUUCAAGCCUUCAAUGUCUUUAUAGGAAUUUGUUCGAGAUUUUUUUCCUUUUUUUGAAUUUAUUAUUAUUAUUAUUAUUAUUAUUAUUAUUGGUGGUGGUGGUGGUAGCAGUGUUUCGGUGGUAGUAUGCAAAUAGGCAUUUAGUAAUUUAAUAAUAAUAAUAAUAAUAAUAAUCUGAACAUUGCCCAUGUACACAUGUCAGCAUUUUGUAUUGUCUGACUUUUAUUUUCCUCUGCUUGUAUUAAAAAUUUGUUUCUCACCAUGAUUUUGUAAAAAAAAAAAAUUUUUAAAAGUCCUUUUGGCAACACAGAUGUGUAAACACUGACAGGAAGGUAGACCAUGACACUGGGGGACAGGAGACAAACUUUCUUUUUUGGAUAUUGCGAAAAAAAAAACACAUCACUACAUCAGAGUAUUUGUGAUCAUGUUGUUAAUAAAAAUGU